UCGAUUCGACUAACCCACUGUAUAUGCAUCCCUCUGAGAGUGUUGGUUCUGGAAUCACUCCUGGUACUUUCGAUGGAAGUGGAUAUAGAUCAUGGCGGCGUGGUAUGUUGCGAGCUUUGUCAGUGAAGAACAAGAUGGGUUUUGUUAACGGCAAAUGCAAAAAGCCAGCACAAGAUGAUCCUCUUCUUAAUCAAUGGGAGCGAUGUGACGACAUGGUCACUUCCUGGAUACUACACUCUCUCUCAAGAGACAUUGCUGAUAGCUUGCAAUAUGUCAAUAAUGCUGCUGAACUCUGGCAGGAAUUGGAGGACAGGUAUGAUCAAACAAAUGGGGCUAAAUUGUAUCAAAUUCAAAAGGAGGUUAGUGACCUAAGUCAAGGAUCCAUGGAUAUAACUACUUACUAUACUAAAAUGAAGCGUUUGUGGGAAGAACUAGGCACUUUAGAUAACAACAAUCAAUGCAAUUGUGUAUGCAUUUGUGGUGCCAAAAUUGCUAUGUACAAAGCUGAACAGGACAGGAGACUUAUUCAAUUUUUGAUGGGGCUAAAUGAGGUAUACACAGUAGUGCGGGGAAGCAUACUGAUGAUGAAUCCUCUCCCCACUAUUGCCCAAGGUUUUUCAAUUUUAAUUCAGGAAGAGAAGCAACGAGAAGUUAAACCACACAACUACUUAGCUACAGACAGUACAGCUCUAAGUGCAUAUGGAAACAAUCAGUUCAGGACAAAUUACAGUCAAAACACUGCAGGUAACAAGUCCAACCAACAGUUUCAUAGAGGGAGUUCUUCAGGCAUUCGAAUGUUUUGUGAUUACUGCAAGAGGCCUGGACAUAUUAAAGAUAAAUGCUACAGACUCCAUGGUUUUCCACCAAAUUUUAAGUUUACAAAAGGACGGAAUACAGCAUCUGCUGCAGCUGUACUUGGAGAAUCGAAUGAAGCAUUGGACAGUCAUCUUGAUGAACCUGGUACCUUGAGAACUGAUGGCAAUUUAACCUUGACUAAGGAACAACAAACUCAGUUGUUGCAUUUGCUUGGAAGUUUCCAAAGUGGUUCACUAUGUACUGGCUCAGACAACAUCACCAGUGGAGCUGCAAACUUUGCAGGCCCCUUCACUGAAGAGGCCUCUGGAAAUUGGUAAAGCAAGGAAUGGAUUGUACUUCCUUUGCGCAAAAUGCCAAUCUUCUGAAUCUCAUUGUUCAU